CCGCGGCUCCAGUCAAACGCGGUCCUUCGAGCCAUAUUCUUGCAUUUUAACCCAGUGUCAACGAACUUCUUGCGAGAAAUCGGUUCGCGGCAGUGCACCGCAGGAAAAGAUGGGAAAUUGGCCGGUUUCUUGGUGCUUCCUGCUGGGACUUUUAUCCUUCGGGGUUUUCGAUAGAGUCCGGAGCGAGCGGUUGGAGGACAAGAUGAAAAGCGAUCCGGAUAUUUCUCAGUUUCAAUACCUCGUAGAAUCAUCAAGGCUAGCCAAUCUAACUCUCUCCUACAAGCAAGUGACGGUAUUUGCUCCAACCAACGCAGCUUUCCAGGAAUUCGAGCAGAUCAACAAGGAAGAUUCAGAAUCCAUGGUUCUGUAUCAUAUGACUAAUGUUCCGAAGACCACCGACCAAUUAGGCAGUUCAUAUACGUCUCUCUACUCAGAACUCUCAGGAAAUCCACCUUUAUGGAUAACUCAUGUUUCCGGAACCUAUCAUGAUGACAUAUACGUGAACAAUGCGAGGAUUCUAGUGAGCCAGUCAAACAUUCAAGGAAAUGAGAAUAAUCUGCUGCAGGUUCUCCACAAAAUCGACGAAGUUCUGGUCCCCACGAGAUCUCCGGAUUCAGCUACGAAUCGCAUUUAUAACCCAACGGCCUGGGAGUUCUUGGAAAAUUACGAAUCUUUGAUACCACAAACACAAAACCCGUACAGAGUCAGGAAUUUCCGUCAGAAAGUUCAACAGAACGCCAAACAAGAUAUCUAUAAAGUAGAAGGAGGCCAUACUUUUUUCAUCCCAAUCGAUGAAGGUUUCGGGAACGAUCGCGCCGCUCUAAUAGACGAGAAAAUAAUUGAUGGACACGUCAUUCCUAAACAAGUGUUGUUUACGACGCCGACGAAGAAAGACGUCGGUUACCAGACGCUCGCCAACAGCGAUAACGAUCUCAGGGUGGUGAUCAUGUUCACGCAGGAGCAAAGGGAACGCACAGUAAUCAAUUACGUCAAAAGUCACACUUUAUUCGGGGACGGAAAGCACGCCCAGGGUGUCGUCAUCGCCGAGAUCGUCAAACCCAACAUCCCUGUCAAAAACGGGGUCGUCCACCUCAUCCAGAAGCCGCUCAUGGUGGUGGAUAGUACAGUCAAGAAGCUGUUGGAGGAACAAAUGGACUAUAUAUGCAACGUAGGCAAUGUUGCUAGACAGGAAAAUUAUAAGGAACCGGAGGUUAUCCAAUACUCCGUUGUGCUUCCAAAUGAAAUCAGUGCUCAAUACAAGGAACAGGACGGAAAAAUCCUCAGCAACUUCUUCAGCGCAAUCAAGGAUGCUGGACCUGGGGGAGAAGAUUUCUUGAAAACUCUGGAAAGGUCUCACGACAUUACACUGUUCGCACCAUGCAACAAAGCCCUAGAAGGAGACCUUGUCCUGAACAGCAUCUUGAGUGACAACAAAAGGUUUUUGGAGAUCCUGAAGUUGCACUUGGUCGUCGAUGAUAGACUCUACGUAGACAAGAUCGCCAAGGAAAGUCAUAACAAGGUGUUCCAGGCGCAAACCCUCAGCAAGGGCAAGAAGCUGUACUUCAACGUGCUGACUUCUGGUCCAAACCGAACCAUGUCAGUGGAAGGAGGCGGUGUUAACGCGACAGUAAUCCAAGCCGAUCUUGCCGCCACCAACGGCAUCAUCCACGUCAUCGACCGUGUUCUCGGAGUGCCCUACUCCACCGUCCUCGACAAGUUGAGGAACGACCCCAUGCUCAAAGCUACAUAUACUUUGGGAAAUCUACAAGGAUUCAAUAACCAGCUGGUCAACACCACGAAAAAAUUCACAUAUUUCGUUCCAAGGGACAAAGCCUGGUUUGACGCCAAAGUGACAUUACCAACGGCCAUCAAGACGUUAUUUAUGAAGGAGUACGCCUAUCAUGCAACUGCCACUCUGGAACGCCACCUGGUUAUCUCUGACGAACCGUACACAAUGGAACGAAUCAAGCGGAUGACGAACGAAAGCAAUACCUUCGGGACGUUCGGCCAGAGGAAGGAGGUUGAAUUACCCACGAUGAGGGGAUCCCUGAAGCUGUUCGUAGAGGAACGUCAGGAUAACACAUUCAUAAUCAACUGGAAAGGAGAAAAAAUUCCUGUGUUCAGACCAAACGUCGAAUGCACCAACGGCAUCAUCCACGUCAUUGACGCGCCAUUCCUCAAAGAAGGCGACAUACAAGUAAGCAAAGCUUCGAUUACGGCGAUAGGACCGCAGCUCGUGAUGAUCCUCGUUGCCAAAUUCCUCCUCCUUUAAAACCUUCGUCGCUAGUGGGAUGAUAUUCAUCAAAUUGAUCAAAUACAGGGUUUUUGUAAAGAGUUGUCCGUGUAUUGCACGGGGUGUCUCGGAAAAACCGACUAGAAAGUAACGUUCUUCGUCGGUCUUUCUCGGGCCGGCCUGUAGUCGAUUCGAUUAUUGAAUAUAUUUUUUCAUUUCUAGCUGAUACUGUCUACGACUCUUUAUAUCAACUUUUCCUGUUUCAUAUGCAAUACUUUCAGAAAAUGAAGAGUUAUCUCCAGUUUUCAUAAUCACGUUUUUUCCAAUUGAUCUUUCAGUGCUUAAAUAUUCAUACAAGCUUAUACCAUACUCUCGGAAAGUAACUCGUUAUUUCAACUAAGUUCGAUAUGAAAUCAUCUGUUUUGUAAAUAAAUAUGGAAACGACUCUAAUGCGAUGAAAUAUGCUGAUAAGAAACACGGGGUGACUAGAUUCACAUAAAAAUUCAAUCAAAUGAUCAGUUACCAUCCGCUGGUACCUAUUGGCAUAUUUUUGAUAGAAGACAAAUAAUUACUAGGAUUUUCUAAUUGAGAUGUAACAGUGUACACCAAAAAUUGAAGCAUUUCAGAUGUAAAUACUCCAAAUAUCUUAUUUGAUAAAAUCUAUUGAUGUUAAUAUCGAAUUUCAGAUGUUUAAUAAGAAAAUUUAAUUAUUUGCGAAAUAUAAUGAUGCAUCAAAUAAUAUUUCUACUACCUAGUGUCCUUACAUUCCAAUUCGCUUCUUGAAAUUGUGUUGAUGAUAUACGGGAUAGGUGAUAAUGAGAUCUACGAUCAAAUUUUAAAAUAAUGUUGAAAUACAUAUAGCAAAGGGUUGGUCCUAAUGUAAAGUACAGUUACAUCUUGAACAUUUUUAACAUUUUCUAAAAAAAACCCGAUUUAAAAUUAGUAAAUUACCAAAAACAUUCAGUUUCAUGGAAAGUACCGAAAGCACAGAAUAAAAAAGUUACAAUGAGGUUACAAACAAUCGAAAUACAAACGAACAGACCAAAUUGCAAAUGAACUUUCUUUUGAAUGGUGAUCAUAAAAAUAUAUGUUUCAUUCGCGAAUAUUCUGUGCGGAAGAUAAACUUCAUUCAUAUUUGUGGGCAUCAUAUUCAACUGAACCUCAUUUCAAAAAAGAAGCUACUGUUCGUUUGUAACCUAGUUUGUUCGUUUGUAACUGAGCUUCAUCUUUGCUCAGUCGUAUAUCUUUGAAAUGUCAGUUUGAACUGUUUCAUGAUGUUAGCAAUGUUUACCUCUUUCAAUUGUGAUUUUUUCAUGCUUUGAGUAUCUCAACAGAUGAUCUAAAGGACCUUUCUCUCUGAAAUAAAGUGAAUAAUCGACUCAAAAAAUUCGUUGAUCUCCUAACCAUCCCUUGACUUGAAUCAAAACAAUUGCUCUCGAGAUAGGUAUAACACACCGGCAUAUGGUUGAAUCCUGUGAUAAACUUAGAGCUCCCAAAUGAAAUCAAAAACUCUAAAUGAUGCAGUUCCAAUCAAAAUCUCAAUUUCUAGAUAUUCUCAGAGGAGAAUCAACCAAUAUCUGUGUUCAAUGCCUAGAGUGGUGUCACUACGACAAGCAUAUGGAAUUUCGCUUGUAAUCUUAAGAUGUAAAUAUGUGUGGAUGUGUAUAAAUGUUAAUAUUACUGACAGUAUAUAUUUAUAGUAGAAUUUAGUAUAAAUCACCGUUUUAAAGUUUUUAGUACCUCAUGAAAAAUGCUUUCACACAAACUGUUUAUGAGCACUGAAAUGCUUCAUAUUUCUAUUGAAUAUACAAAGAGCGAACUCUUUGCUGAGCACUUUUUGUGGUUUCUAAAAAUGAAACCUCUUCAACUUUGUAUAUUUACAUAUGUGGUAACCAAAGAACCCGUUCAUUGGUCGAAAAUACUAUCUUCUAAAAUACUCACCGUUGUAUAAGAUAUAAUAUACGAAAAUAGACAGCAUACGCGUUUGUGUACCAUAAGAAACAUUCUAAAAUUUGUUGUAGUAAAUAGAGUUAUGUAUUUUUUCGGAUUGACUGACUGACUAUUUGAAUACUUAUACAAAAAAAGGUGUCGAUAUUUAAAACAUCUUUUGAUGAGGUAAAUGUUUAUGGAAAUGAAUUAUAUAAAUGUUGCAAUAUAAAAUAACGAGAUGAUUAUUAGGGCAGGAUUCUAUGAAUAGUGCUGAAUUGAUAUUGACGAAAUUCGCUUCAAAGCUGCAACUUCAAGUCUGAAGAAGAAAUACAUUGUCAACUCAGCUGAAGAAGCAAUAAAAUCUCAUUUUAUCGACCCUUGUCACCUUCAUCGAAGAUUUUAUACCAUAUUUGUUUCCCUUACAAUAUCAAUCGCUACUUUUAUGGAAUCGCCCACGUUUAUGUAUAAAUACAGACUGUAUCGCUAUCACGACAAACAAACUAUAAUAAAUGUUUUUGAGCUUGAAGUUUAGAGAAAAUAGACCUAAUUGUGUGUAAAUUAUAAAUAUGCACUGCCAAUGUUACAUCUAUUUGAUUUCCUUCAAAUGGUUCAGAUACUCAUAGUUACAAACUCUAUCUCUACCUUACUUUCGGACUAUGUUGAUAGGUUAACAACAAGAAAACUUGGAUGGCGUUGUAUUGUGCGAGAUGAGACUGUGAGAAAUUGUAAACGAAGUAUGUGCUUUUGAAGCGUAAUUGUAUGAGUACUAUACAGGCGGUGUAUGUUGUAUCCUGAAGAUUCUUUGUUUUUGAAGGCCAGAAUUUGAAUUUCAAACAAACAAUGGCGUGAUAAGCCCUAUUUGAUGCUAAAAACAAAUUAACUUACUAUCGGUAGAUAGCCCUGUUGGCUGAGGCCAACAAAUAUGGAAGAAGAAAAAAAUCACAAACCAUAUUAUGUAGUUUUAAUGAUUUUGAGAUUACUCCGUUUAUACUUUUGUAAACGUCAUCGCAGAAAUGUUUGCUUUUGAAAGUUUGUCAGUAUCUCACCAAAAGACUCUAUAAUGAUUCGUUUGUUAAUCAAUUAAAAUGAGAAAUAAAGAAUGGUUUCAUUUCUCAUUAGCAAUAUCGUUGAGAAUGCAUCCAAUAUAUCAAUCAUCACAAAUAAAAUAAUAUCAUUAUGUCCGCCUGUGAAAAUCAAUGAGAGUCUUUCUGCCACUAUUUCUUUGAGACAUUCUUUGGAUACGGUUUCAGGAUUAUUUCAAUAUUUGACAGAUGUGACGUCAUUGGAGGAAUUAUUUCAACGAGCGAAUGCAAUUAUUUCAAACAAUUUGGAAUAAUUUCAAGUCAAAAUAUGGUAUAGUUUUAAUAGACUUAGCUUUUUAUGAAAGAAAAACAAGUAGAUGUUGCGUGAAAAUGAACUAAGUACUUGAACAACAAAGAAAUUUCAGGAUCCUUGUCAAUUAGUAAAAUGGAUGACUGUUAUAUUUAAAAGGUCUUUCAGAAAAAAGGCAGUCCAGUUUCAAUCACACAUUCUUUAACAGUAAAAUUUCUAAUGAAAGGUUUUGCAAACUAGUGACCAAAACAAAUCCGUCAAUAAGGCCUUUUUUAUAAUCAUUCAUUUAGACUAGUGUUAAUUUCUCUGUAACCAAUAGAUGUGCGACAUUAAUUUGUCCUUAACACAUUGAACUGUUUACAUGUUUUCGGAAUUGCUUUUCUAUAUAUUUUGAAUUAUAAAAUGAUCUGUGCGGUUCUUAAAUCCGAGUCUUUAUAGUAAAAAUAAGGCUAUAUUGAUUCUAUUAGAAUUGUCAUUCUUAGGUAAUGAUUUUGUUGUAAAUAUUUCUAUUUUCAAUAAAGCAUUCAGUGCUCGAUGA